AUGACUUGUCAUCAGACUUUUGAGAGCUGGAGGUACAUUAAGUACCAAAGGGGUUUGAAGGACAACAUUAUGACUGAUGUGGCUCCUAUGGAGAUCCGUGUCUUCUCCAACUUGGUGAAUAAGGCUAGAGUAGUGGAGGAGUAUGCCAAGACCGUGGCGGCAUCUAAGGACACUCAUGGAGGGAGCUCUAGUCGUGGGCGUGGCAAGUACCUUCAUCCGAGAGGACAAAGCUUCAAGAGAGGAGAAUAUGCACCUCAAAGUCAAGGAGGCUUCAAAAAGAACACACAUGACCAUAUUCAGCAUGGCAAAGGGAGAGAAAAUCAGAGUAAGGGUUCUUCGGAUUUAGCCUGUGAUCGUUGUAGACGUUUUCAUCCAUAUGACUCUUGUAAGAUUGGUAUAGGUGGAUGCUUCAACUGUCGCUUGCCUGGUCAUUUUACGAGGGAUUGCACUCAUGGGAGGAAUCAGAAUGCGGGCCAGAGUCAGCAUCAAGGUCGGGUCUUUGCUGUGAAUGCCAAGGAUUCUUCUAAGGUGGAUCCAUUGAUGAGAGGUAUAUGUCUAAUUGGUGAUAAAUCCUUAGUUGCAUUAUAUGAUACUUGA